AAAGUAAUGAAUCUACUCACAGACUCUUAAACAAUCGAAUUUUUAACAAAUUGUGAAGACCUUCUCAAUUCAACACUUGAUUAAGGUUAACUUGAAUCAAUGUGUCAUGAAUUAAUAGACACCUUUUGUAAUAUUUAGAAAUAUUUCUAGUUGUUUAUUUGGAGGAAAUAUAAAACUAUAAAAGUGAAGCAAACUUUGAACUAAAAUCUAAAUAAGCAGAAAUCGAUAUGCUGCACUUUUAAAUUUCUAAAUAUACUAAUCAACUAGAGGAAUAAAAACAGGAUUUAACUAGAUAGAUUGAUAUUUGUCAAUAAUUAGAAUUAUAAUUGCAAUAUUGUGAGGAGAAAUCCUAAAAAUCUGAAAAAGAAAUCGUAAUAGUGGAGACUGAAUUAAGAAAGAAACUUCAUCAGCAAAAUCAAUAAUAUCGAGAUUAGAUUUAAACCUUAAUGAGUGUUCAAUAAGAAAUUGAUAAACAUAUACUUUAACUCUCUAAAGAAAAAGGAUAACUAUAAUUAUAGUUUGAAUAGCUUCAAAAGAAAUAUGACGAUUAGUAAUUUUUAAUAACAAACUUGAAUGAGUAAUUAGCUAAUCUACAAACAACCUCAAGUUUUAAUACAAAACAUAAGUAGAAUGACAAUAUUAUCAUGGAUAUUUAAGAUGAAUCUCUAGAACUUAAUACUUAAUAAAAAAGAAGCUAGUACUCAAAUUGCAUUUCACAUAAUUAAAUUAAUUUUAAAUGGGAAAAAAUUUAACCUAGUAUAUCAUCUAUACGUGAUUCUAUUACCAUUAUCAACCCAAUAAAUACUAGAUGUGAAAUAUAAUCGAGAUAAAAGAUUAAAUCAUUAGUUUUUCUUAAUAGUAGCAAAGAAAAAUCAUAUGAUCCUUAUUAUGAAUUUUUUAAAUUGGUAUUUCUAAUCAAUGAAUUUUAGAUUACUCAAUGUGUUAAACUUGAUCUAGGAUAAGCUCAUAUCUUUACUAUGAAUUUCGAUUAUCUUUUUGAUAAGUUUAAAAACGAAUCUAUUCCUUUCAAUUAAUGGUAUAAUAAAAUAGUUGACGAGAUUUUUUUAUGA